AUGGCCCAACGAUCCUCCGUGGGCCGGAUCCUGCUUCCAAACCGCACGAGCCUCCGACGCCGAGCGUUGCGCUCGCCUCGGCGCCUCCGCCCAUCGCCGCCGGCGCACGGGGAGCAUCAAAGGGACCGUACCCGUCGCGCGCGCCCCCAUCGCCACGCGUGCAACGAGGCUGGCGCCGUCGCCAUGGCCCUGCUGCCGUCACCCCUCUGCUCCCCGUGCCACCACCGGGCCGCGCCCGCGCCCUUGCCGGCGCCCACUGCCGCCUCGGCGCGCCACCGGAGGGGAAGCCUGCGCCUCGCUGCGGCCGGCUCCCGCUCAGGCCCUACCGCCGAGACGAAGCCCCGUCCCACCUCCGCCGACAGGAGGAGGUGCGAAUGCUUUGACCUCCAUCGGCAGUUAAUUCCUUAUGCUGAGGCUUACUGUUGGCAGAAGUCUAUCGUUGAGAGGAGGAAAGGGUUGAUAGACACCCGCGAAGACCACUCUGACACCUUGAUUGCUUUGCAACAUCCACCAGUUUAUACGUUGGGCACUGAUAGCAAGAAGGAAUACCUCCAUUUCGACAAGGAAGAUGCUCCUUUCGAGAUUCACCAUACUAAUCGUGGUGGGGAAGUGACGUACCAUGGCCCUGGACAGCUUGUUAUGUACCCGAUUAUGAAUUUGAAGUAUCACAAAGAGGAUGUUCGCUGGUACUUCAGGUCACUUGAAGAAGUGAUCAUCCGUGCACUGAAAUCCGCCUUCUCUAUCAAGGCAACAAGAGUAGAAGGUCUCACUGGUGUUUGGGUUGGGGAUCAGAAAGUUGCUGCGAUAGGGAUUCAUGGUUCGCGGAUGAUAGUUUAUCAUGGUCUCGCACUAAAUGUCACAACUGACCUAGCUCCGUUUAAAAUGAUUGAUCCUUGUGGCAUAAAGGACCGUGGCGUGGGGAGCAUUAAGGAGAUACUACAGAAGGCAUCUGGUGCAAGAGAAAUUGAUGAUGCAUCACUGAUGGAUACAGCAUAUGAUUCCAUGAUGAAAGAGUUUGCUGAACUUUUCCAACUCAGUCUAGACUUCAGCCCUGAUUGCAGUUUCCAGUAAAGACAACAAUUUCAACUAACCGUAUGAUGUUCUAGUCUGGACGAAAUGUUUGCCACAGCCUUUCAUGCUGAAUCAUUCUAUGUUGUAGUAUAGCACAUCCACCUUUCAGGCGCAGGAUAUCUCUGGAAUCUGGAGUAGUCGUGUCGGUUUCUCGUCAUGGGCUCUCCGGUGUUUAUAUAGCAUCAAUGCUCUCUCUUUUUUUUUUCUUGGUAUGCAACAGUGUAUACUUACCGAUUCUUCCAUUUUACCCGGUAAUAAUAUCCCAUUGAGCGUUUAAAAUUGUGUA